CAUGAACUGUCAAAUCAAACGUCAAAACGUCGGAAAUUGAGAUUCAUUUCAUGAAUUAUUGAAAAUUUGUUACAAUUUCGUCGUUUUAUCCAACGGAACUGAUUGAAAUAACAAGAUGUCUGUGGCUAAAGUGACUAAGGAUAACAAUAAGUCUGAGCCCGUGGCGUACAGUGACGCUGCGUUGAGAAACAAUGCCGUGGUUGUAGAAUAUUGCAGAACAUCCAUGGCUGCAUUGUCGGGAUCCACUGCAGGUGUACUAGGACUCACAGGUCUCUACGGCUUCGCCUUCUACGUGUUUGCAGUCGUUAGUCUAUGGGUGAUGUUUAUGGUAAAGACAGGGCCGAACUGGAACAAAUAUUAUGUCUCCAGACAAAGUUUAUUGACCAACGGAUUCUUCGGAGCUUUAUUCACUUAUGUACUAUUUUGGACCUUUAUUUACGGAAUGGUACAUGUAUAUUAAUGUUAAGUUAGGUUGUAAGAAUAUUGUAUAUUGUAUGUUAUGUUAUAUAGACCAAUCUUAUUUAAUAUUGUUAUAAUAGUCACUUGCGUUUUUGGUACAAACUGUUUGGUUGUACUAAUAAGAGCGACUUUUUAAUCCUUUGUUUAAAAAUUCCAUAAAGUAAUAGAAAAUAGGUAUUUUAUUGGACUUAUAACAUACAUAACCUCAUGCCUAUCUCUUAUGGGAGUAGGCAGAGACUAAGAAACGCUACAAAUCUUACAUAUCUCUUUGGAUUCAUUAACAGUCAUCAGUCUUUUCAUGCAUGCUCGCUCAAUGCCUGGAACCAAAUGAAAACUAAAUGGGUGUGCAGACUUCUACUUAUCCCUUCAGGGAUUAAAAGCUCCUUAUUGCAUUAGUUAUGAUGUUUAUUUUAUUAUUCUUCGAGACCAUAAUUUGUCAAUCUUUUCUCUGUUACCUAAUUCAGAAUGGUUAUUUAGGCCAAAAAGAUUUUCAACAUUUCAUCUAUCUCUGUACCAAAAUUCAUCAUAUUUAGUUCAACAGUUUUGGGUGUGAAUGUGUAACAAACAUUUUGCAUUUAAAUUCCUUAUCAUGAGUUAGGAGUAUUAAGAUUUAUGAUAACAAGGGUGUGUAAGGUUAUAUGAUUUUAUUUAUAUCAUAGCUAUUGUAAGUAAUUAAAAUUGUUUUAAGAAAUAAACAAUUCAAAAUAAU